AUGGCAGAGGAAAGAGACCAGACGGGAGCCUCCUGGGAGGACAUGCCACUGCCUGAUGAAUAUCCUGAACCUUAUGUGGUGAAUGGAAAGGCAGUGGAGGGAAACACUAAACAUCGGUCUGUAAAAUGCAGCCCCAACCUGCUGCAGAUGCUGAAGGCAGCAGAGAGAAGGAGGACACCUCAGGGUCGGGACCGAGACGGGGCGGAGGUGUCUGGGACAGGAGAGCUGGUGACUGAAGCUCUGAAGACUGACAUGCAAAUACAGUUCACUGACCAGAAGCAUGACUUCAACAAACGUACCUCCAACACUGGUCGCCGCUCUCUAUCUCAUUCUAUCUCACAGUCGUCUACAGACAGCUACGGUUCAGUGUGCAGUGACAGCUCAGAGGAUGAGUCCUCUCCCAGAGACAAGCCUCAGAGGACCUCCAAGGGCCUCUCUGACUUCUGCAUCAAAAACAUCAAACAGGCAGAAUUUGGACGCAGAGAAAUAAUCAUUGCACAGCAAGAAAUGCCUGCACUAAUGGUCCUGAGGAAAGGAGCAGGUGGGGAGAAGCCUCUGGCUGGAGCCAAAGUUGUUGGCUGCACACACAUCACUGCACAGACAGCGGUGUUGAUUGAGACUCUGUCUGCGUUGGGCGCUCAGUGUCGCUGGGCCGCCUGUAACAUCUUCUCCACUCAGAAUGCUGUGGCUGCUGCUCUGGCUGAAGGAGGAACCCCGGUGUUUGCAUGGAGAGGAGAAUCAGAGGACGACUUCUGGUGGUGUAUUGAUCGAUGUGUCGGUGCUGACACCUGGCAGCCCAACAUGAUUCUGGAUGACGGAGGUGACUUGACCCACAGGAUCAUUAAGAAGCAACCGAGCCUGUUCAAGAACAUCAAAGGCAUCGUGGAGGAAAGUGUUACAGGCAUCUAUCGGUUAUACCAGCUUUCAAAGGCAGGCGGGCUGUGUGUCCCGGCUAUAAACGUUAACGACUCGGUGACCAAGCAGAAAUUUGACAACCUGUACUGCUGCAAGGAAUCCAUACUGGACGGGUUGAAGAGAACCACUGACAUAAUGUUUGGAGGAAAACAGGUGGUGGUGUGCGGUUAUGGGGAGGUUGGCAAAGGUUGCUGUGCUGCCCUGAAAGCAUUGGGUGUCGUUGUGAACGUCACAGAAGUGGAUCCCAUAUGUGCCCUUCAGGCCUGCAUGGAUGGCUUCAGAGUGAUUAAACUGAGUGAAGUGGCCCGACAGGUAGACAUUGUCAUCACCUGCACAGGCAAUAAAAACGUGGUGGGAAGGGAACAUCUGGACAGAAUGAAGGAUGGCUGCAUACUUUGCAACAUGGGACACUCUAGCACCGAGAUAGAUUUGGUGAGUCUGCGGACUGCGGAGCUGAGGUGGGUGCGUGUGAGGCCACAGGUGGACCAUGUUAUCUGGCCUGAUGGCAAGAGAAUUGUCCUGCUGGCUGAGGGCCGUUUGCUGAAUCUGAGCUGCUCCACAGUGCCCUCAUUUGUCCUCUCCAUCACUGCCACCACUCAGGCUCUGGCUCUUAUAGAGCUGUACAGCGCUCCAGAAGGACGAUACAAACAGGACGUCUACCUGCUGCCAAAGAAGAUGGAUGAAUAUGUGGCCACUCUUCACCUGCCGACGUUUGACGCUCACCUCUCAGAGGUGACUGAUGAACAGGCCAAGUACCUGGGAAUCAGCAAACACGGACCCUUCAAACCCAACUACUACAGGUAA